AGAUGGCAGCCGCCUGUGACAGGCGUGUGGCUUGCAUGGCUAAUAUAUUUAAUCAUUUUUUCGUUUGAAUGUACGUUUCAAGAGUUAUUAAACGUUUUGUUAUUGCUAAUUCUACGUUUUGUCAUCACUUACUAUCACGACGCACGGCAAGGAAAGAAGUCAGAAAAAAGUUUGGCAACGGGACACCGUUUAGCUGUAUUCCCUGCAGUGAGAGCAUUGCUCCGGGUGAAUAGUAGCUAGCCAUGGCUGCCUCAACAUUAUUCGUUAGGGGUUUGCCAGCGUCAGCAACAAAUGGACGUUUGGAGGAAGUAUUUUCUGAAGUUGGGCCGUUAAAGCACUGUUUUGUGGUAAAAGAAAAAGGUGCUGAUAAAUGCCGUGGGUUUGGAUAUGUAACUUUUGCUAUGGAGGAGGAUUCUCAGAGGGCACUGAGUGAGAUUAAGGAGUACGAUGGGAAGAAAAUAUCGGUGGUUGUGGCAAAGAGGAAACAGAAUGACAAGAAGAAAGCAGCGCCCAAGGAAGAGGCACCCGUAGAGAAGAAGCCUAAAGAUUUGAAAAACUACCAGAAGAAGGCCAGACUGAUCAUAAGGAAUCUCAGUUUUAAGUGUUCUGAAGAGGACCUGAGGCAGGUGUUCUCUGAGUUUGGAACAGUUCUGGACGUUAACAUUCCUCUCAAACCAGAUGGGAAGAUGCGGGGCUUCGCCUUUGUCCAGCUGAAGAACGUCCUUCAGGCAGGAAAAGCCCUGAAAGCAACAAACCUGAAAGAGAUCAAAGGCAGGAAGGUGGCGGUGGACUGGGCCGUCGCUAAGGACAAAUAUGUUUCCACUCAGCCAACAACCUCCUCAGGAAAUGCCCAGCAGCCCGAAGAAGCGGCAAAGCAGGUUGAGGAAGACUCUGAAGAAGAAGAAGAGAUGUCCGAAAAGCCAGGCGGCAAGGCUGUGGCACAGGAAGUCCAGCACAGCGCCAAGGCUGUGGAACAGGAAGGGGAGUCUGGGAGUGACAGCGAGGAAGUCGAGGAAGACGAGGACUCCGAUCACAGCGACGUUGGAUCUGAUGAUGACGAUGGCGAUGAUGAUGACGACAACGACGAUGAUGACGACGACGACGAUGAUGAUGACGACGAAGACGACGAUGAAGAACGUCCUGCCAAAAAGAAGCUGUUGCCAUCAGACGUCCAGGAGGGAAAGACUGUGUUUAUCAGGAACCUCUCCUUUGACACAGAAGAGGAGGGGUUGGAGGAAGUUCUGCUGAGGUUUGGGGAGCUGAAGUACAUCCGCAUCGUCCUGCACCCUGACACCGAGCACUCCAAAGGCUGUGCUUUUGCUCAGUUCAAACUGAAGGAGGCUACAGAUCGGUGCCUUGCUGCUGCUCGGGACGAAUCAGAGGGCGGGGGUGUGGUAGUCGACGGGCGGAAGCUGAACGUCGUGCUGGCCGUCAGCCGGGAGGACGCAGUGAAGCUGAAGGAUAAGAAAGUCAAAGUCCAGACCGGAACCAGGAACCUUUACCUUGCCAGAGAAGGCCUGAUCCGCGCGGGAACCAAAGCCGCCGAGGGCGUGCCGGCAGCGGACAUGGCGAAAAGAGAAAGGUUCGAGGAGCUGAAGAGGGUGAAGCUGCGGGACAUGAACGUGUUCGUGUCGAAGACGCGGCUGUGCGUCCACAACCUGCCCAAGUCGGUGGACCAGAAGCGGCUGCGGGCCUUGUGUCUGAAGGCCGCCGGCGGGGGGAAGGGCGUCCGCAUCACCGAGUGCCGUGUGAUGUAUGACAGGAAACCGGAGGGCGGGAAGGUUUUGGGGCGUUCGUUGGGGUACGGCUUCGUUCAGUUUCAAGAACACGAGCACGCCCUCAGCGCCCUGCGACACCUCAACAACAACCCCGAAAUCUUCGGCCCGCUGAAGAGGCCCAUAGUGGAGUUCUCCCUUGAAGACGGUAGGAAGCUGAAGCUGAAAGAGAUGCGCUCACAGAACUACAAGCAGCGUUUGAAAAAGGGCGGGGCCCAGGGCGUGGCCCCAGGCGGGGCAGGGCCUCCGCCGAAACGGGGGAGCGGAGGUCCUAAGGAAGCGGCACCUCAGGGCGGAGCCAGGGGUCCGCGGGCGGGCGUGUCCACACCUUUCUCUGGGUUCAAGACCAAACCCGAGGUGGAGCAGGUGGAGUUGCCCGAUGGGAAGAAACGCAAGAAAGUCCUGCACCUCCCCUCACAUCGAGGGCCAAAGAUCAGGAAACGGGACCGGGGGAAAGCUCAACCCGCCCCCCCCAAGAGGAAGGAGGGCCGGCCUGGCAGGAAGGAGCGAAAAGGUUCUCUCUCCGUGGAGAAACAGAUACAGCCCCAAAAACGGGCUGCCAAGAUGCCCAAGAAGAUGGGGCGAAACAAGGAGGACCAGCGGUUCGACAGUCUGGUCGAGCAGUACAAGAAGAGGAUUCUGGGAAAUCCCAAAGCACCAGCGGUCAAGAAGAGCAAGUGGUUCAGCAGCUGAUUCCUCAGUCGUGUGUGUGUGUGUGUGUGUGUGUGUGUACAUGUGUGUACGUGCUAAUGAGUGAGCGUGUGUGUGCUGCUAUUUUGAAAAGAUUAGGAGCUGUGACUGACUGGUGUCCUGUUUUGUAUUUUUACAGAUCAACAUACAUUCGGAAAGUGUUUGUACAGGUAGCCACAUUUUAAAAAUAGUUUGAAAAGAACUAGGCUGUCCUUGUUUUUGAAAUAUUUCUACUGUAACAGGGAUAAUUCAGUACAAGAUGUUUUUACUUUUGAAGUUUAUGUUGGGAUAUUUCAUAUUUAAAAAAAAUAGAAGAAAUGAAACUAUGCUUCAGAAUAAUAAACUGCUAUUCAAACAGUGA